AUGACUCCAAAGGAUGUUCAAGGAGAUAGACCUACUGCUAACUCGGUAAAGCGCAACCGGAAGAAUCAGUACAGGGGAAUCCGCCAGCGCCCUUGGGGCAAAUGGGCAGCUGAAAUCAGAGACCCUAGCAAGGGUGUCCGUGUUUGGCUUGGAACUUACAACACUGCUGAGGAGGCAGCUAGGGCAUAUGAUGCUGAAGCUCGCAAGAUCCGUGGAAAGAAAGCGAAGGUCAAUUUUCCUGAUGAAGUGUCAGGUGCUCAGAAGUCAACCACAAAGCCAAUUCCUGCCAGUGCAACAAAGCUAGCUCCACCCCCAAAGGCAUGUGCUGAUGAGGUUUUCAAUAACCUGAACAAUGACAACAAUGAUUUGUUCGCAAUGUUUGCAUUCAAUGACAAUAAGGUUCCUGUGAAGCCAGCUGAGCGUUCCAGUUUCCUCCCUUCAGUGAAUCCUCUGGUGCCCAGUAAGAGGUCUGCGACGAACAUGCUCUCUGACCAGAGCAGCAACUCCUAUGGCUCUUCUGACUUUGGGUGGGACGAUGACACCAUGACCUCAGACUACACCUCAGUCUUUGCUCCCAAUAAUGUUAUACCAGCAUCUUACAUGCAAGGUGGAGUGUCAAAGAGAAUGAGGAACAACUAUGGUGUAGCCAUGCUUCAGGGAAAUGGCGCGCCAAGUCUCGCACAAGUCAUGGCUGGUUUUGAUCCUGAGAUGAACUAUCAGCCAUUGCCUUAUGUUGAGAGCAGCUCAUCAGAUGCAUCAAUGGAUAGCCUUCUGCAAACUGAUAUUCCACAGGAUGGGGCAAGCAAUGGGGAUAUCUGGAGCCUUGAUGAGCUGCUCAUGGCAGCUGGUGCUUAUUGA